AUGGUUAAUUUCUUUAUAAGAUAUUGGAAAACACUUGCUAUUACAAGUAUAUCCAUAGUAUCAUCUUAUUUCUUCUCUCAUUAUGAUUAUUCUAGAAUAAAUAAUCAUUUAUUAUCUGCACUAACAGUUCAAGCUGCGGAAUUUCUAAGAAAAGCAUUUUCAAAAAAUUCACAGAUUGAACGAAGAAAAAAUAUUGACGAUGACGAUGAUGUGGAUGAUGAAGAAAAUGAGAAAGAUGACUUAAAUACAACAGAUAAAAGUAUUAACAAUGUUCGUGAAAGACGUUUUUGUGAUUUUGCUUCGAUUGAAUAUAAUGGAGAAAUAUAUAUGAUACCAACCGAUUUCCUCGAAUCAGUUCUUGCAGAGCGAUCUAGACCUCGUAUUGGUCGUCGACAGUUAAUAGAAGACAUGGUUAACACUAUUUUAUAUAUGACACUACCAAAACAUCGAGGAUCAAAAAGAUUUUUUCGAAAUCUUGAAGAUGCUGGUCUUAUCUCAUAUGCAGAAUAUUUAUUUCUCUGGGUGAUUUUAACAAAACCUUCUACACAAUUCGAACUUGCAUUUGCUGUAUUUGAUACGGAUGGUAAUCAAUUGGUUGAUAAAGAUGAAUUUCUUUUAGCAAUUACAUUUGAAGAAUUUAAACAUUUUUCUGUAUUUCUCAAUAAUCUUGAAGACUUUACUAUUGGUAUGCGUUUUCAUCAAUUAUCAAAUAAACCAAUCUCACAAGCUGAAUUUCAACGAGCAGUAAAAAUUUCAAUGGGUUCUGAACUUGAAUCUCAUAUAAUUGCUCUCAUCUUUCGAAUAUUCGAUGCUAAUGAAGAUCAACAUUUAAGCUAUAAUGAAUUUAUGACUGUAAUGAAAGAUCGACUUUCUCGUAAUUUUCAUACACAUAAUGAUAGUGAAGUAUCAAACUCAAAAUUUGAUCAAUUUAAACGUUGUGUCCGUGAACAAGCUAAAUACGAUUCGAUAAUUUUUUAA